CAUUCUCCUCUCUCUCUCUCUCUCUCUCUCUCUCUCUCUCUCUAUACUUCGAUCGCCAUCUAUCUCUCCCUUAUCCAUGGCCAUGUUUUGAUCUCUAGGGUUUCUUCGGAGUGUUCGAAUUGGUCGGAUCCGUGCGAAUUUUGGGAAUUUGGGUUAGUUGCAGGAAAAUAAGGAGUCGGGAGCAGAGGGGAUUGUGGUGAAAGAAGAAGAAACGAAUUUGGUUGGUUCUUGGUGUCGGAGAGGUGGUGGAUAGGGUUCGGAUUAGGGUUAGGGUGUGGAGAGGUAGAGAUGGGGUUGAUCUCGGGGAUAGUGAUGGGAACGUUGGUGGGAAUCGCUCUCAUGGCCGGGUGGAGCCGCAUGAUGAGGCAUCGGAGCACCAAACGCGUCGCGAAGGCUGUAGAUAUCAAACUUCUUGGGUCUCUAAGUAGAGAUGAUUUAAAGAAACUCUGUGGCGACAAUUUUCCUGAAUGGAUAUCUUUUCCUGCAUUUGAACAGGUGAAAUGGCUGAACAAACAAUUGAGUAAACUUUGGCCUUUUAUAGCAGAAGCAGCAACAGCGGUCGUGAGAGAUUCCGUUGAACCACUACUUGAUGAUUAUCGCCCUGCAGGAAUAUCAUCACUUAAGUUCAGUAAAUUUUUUCUUGGAAAUGUGGCACCAAAGAUUGAAGGGAUUCGUGUUCAAAGCCUUAAAAAGGGUCAAAUUACAAUGGAUAUCGACUUCCGCUGGGGUGGAGACCCAAGCAUAAUUCUUGCAGUUGAAGCACUUGUUGCUUCACUGCCCAUUCAGCUAAAAGAUCUUCAGGUUUUUACCGUCAUUCGUAUUGUAUUUCAACUUUCUGAAGAGAUUCCAUGCAUUUCAGCUGUUGUGGUUGCUCUUCUUGCAGAGCCGAAACCUAGAAUUGAUUACACACUGAAGGCCGUAGGAGGAAGCUUGACUGCUGUUCCUGGGCUUUCAGACAUGAUUGAUGAUACAGUGACUUCAAUUGUUUCUGACAUGCUCCAGUGGCCCCAUAGAAUUGUUGUUCCACUGGGUGGAGUAGAUGUGGAUAUAAGUGAGCUGGAGCUUAAACCGCAGGGCAGGUUUUCUGUGACAGUAGUAAAAGCGAAUUCCCUGAAAAACAUGGAACUGAUUGGUAAAUCUGAUCCAUACGUGAUUUUGUAUGUACGACCCAUGUUCAAAGUCAAAACUAGAGUUAUCAAUGACAAUCUCGAUCCUGAAUGGAACGAGUCGUUUGAGCUCAUUGCUGAAGACAAGGAAACUCAAUAUGUCACCUUUGAGGUUUUUGAUGAAGAUCAACUUCAACAAGAUAAGAGGUUGGGUAUAGCCAAAUUAUCCUUGAUUGAUUUGGAACCAGAGACUUCCAAGGAAAUUGAGCUGAGGUUGCUAUCAUCUCUCGAUACCUUGAAGGUUAAAGAUAAGAAGGACAGAGGGACACUCACCAUAAAGGUGUUAUAUCAUCCAUUCACGAAGGAAGAACAGCUGGAGGCUCUUGAACUAGAGAAGAGGGCCAUAGAGGAGAGGAAGAAGUUGAAGGAGGCCGGGCUUAUCGGGAGCACGAAGGACGCGCUUGGCGGCGCCGCAUCAUUGGUCGGGUCAGGGGUGGGGCUUGUUGGCACAGGCCUGGGGGCUGGGGCCGGGCUGGUGGGCUCGGGCCUUGGGGCUGGGGCCGGGCUGGUUGGAAGUGGGUUUGGGGCCAUGAGCAGUGGUCUGAGCAAAGCCGGGAGGUUCAUGGGGAAGAGCGUGACCGGCCAGUUUAGUAGCUCGAAGAAGAAUGGCGGCACGGCCACGCCGGCUGGUCAAGGCGAUGAGCGCUGAUGCAAACUGUUUGUAACUAUUGUUGUUGGCUGUUAAGUUUAUUAAUGCAUUAGUUCCUUUUGCUUAUGAUGUACGUGGUGUGGCACACGCGAAGUGUACUAAUAAUGUUAUAUUGGAGCUAGUUUUUCUUCUUUUUUUUUCUCUUUUUUUUUGAAAAAAAAAACUGUUCUUUGGUUCUUUGUGUGCAACAUCGCAAAAGUGAAUUGUUCGGUUGAUGUGCUUGUAUAUGCUUUUUUUUGGAACUGCCAACUUUUCUGCAUUAUGUUA